CGGAGAGGCUAGUUCCAUGUGGGCGUAUCUGUGGGGGUGCAUCCGAAAGAUAUAAAGCUGGGAUCCAUCGGCUAGAUCUUUUCAUUGCUCAUCUUCGAAGAUGUGGAUACGCGUAACGAUCGCUCUUGUUAUAGCCUUCGUGGCUGCAGUUUUGGCCCAGGGCGAUGGGCGUUAUCGUCCUCCGCCCACGCGGGCGAGUGCCGGAGAUGGACGCUAUCGCGGUGGCAACGAUGGACGAUACACUGGCGGCAAUGAUGGACGCUAUCGUGGCGGUAACGAUGGCAAAUACACUGGCGGCAACGACGGACGCUAUAACCACAUGGACAACAAGUACGUGCACGACGAUCGUCCUGGUGGGGAUUACACUGGAGGAAGUGGUCGCUAUGUGCAGGACAAGAACAAGGGCGGAGGAGGAGGAGGCGGUGGUGGUGGCGGUGGAUCUGGGGCAGGACGUGGUGGUGCAACCGUGGCCGUGCCAAGACCCACAGCCAGACCCCCGCCAAGACCCACCACUGCUCCACCGCCGGCGGUGAUCGAUCCAACUGCCAAUUUGCCCAAGGGAAAAGGCACCGGCGAAGGUGGUAAUGGCUGGGCCAUCAUCCGCCAGGAGGACGAUGUGGAGGUGGAUGGCUAUCACUACCUUUGGGAAACGGAGAACGGAAUUUUGGGCGAGGAAAGUGGUCGCAUCGAAAAGCUGACCGAGGAGGAUGGCCUCCGCUCCAAGGGCUUCUAUGAAUACACAGGACCCGAUGGUAUCCUCUAUCGAGUGGACUACGUGGCGGAUGAUAAUGGCUUUGUCCCGAGUGCUGCCCACUUGCCCACGGCACCACCCCCACCGCCCUAUGUUGAAAAACUGCUGGCUUAUCUGGAAGCAAAUGCCAAGGCAAAGAAAUAAAUUCUGUCUAAAGUUUAAAGAGAAUAAAUCGUUGUGCCAUAAAAAUA